AUGUGUCCUAGAGCUUGUAGAACCUAUAGGAACUUUCGGAUCGGAAAUUGGAGGUUGUGGGCCCCGCAGGGCCCGUUUGACCCUAGGUUUGACCGUGAGACUUCCGAGAUAGUCUUACCUUUCCUUAGGGCCCAAGUGAUGUGUGAGGUCGCACGCGUCUUUGGGUUAGCCGGCGUGUUGACAGACCCCGUACGUGGCCGGGUGCGUCCCGACGUAUGA